AUGACUGGGGCCAGCAAGCGACUUGCCUGGAUCAACUCAGUAAACAGCACUCCCCACCGCACUGCAAACAGGUUGCGGGAACGCUACCAACGCCGCGGCGGCCUCGGCCAAGCCGGGCCAAGCCGGAGGCGCCUCUGCACAGGGCCCGCUCCGGAGCGGGGCCGGGCUCACCUGCGGGUGGGAGGGAGCGCAGGCCGCAGUGAGGCCCGGCCCGCGAUCACCACUGCCUCGGUCGCCUCCGCUCGGUGGCUUAGUACGGUGCUGCGCAUGGUCGCGGCCUCUGCGCUGUCGCUGUGCUCCCGUGUUAUGGAGGAGCCCCCAGACCCUGGGAUCCCGUCAAGACUCGGCCACAAGCGCUCCGGGAGGAUGAGUGAGGGGAAUGCUGCUGCUGCUGUUGAUGCUGCUGCUGUCCCCGCCGUGGAGCUGCCGUGGGGGCUGCGGCCGGUGCUAUGUAGAAAAGCCCAACGGGAGCGGCGCCGCGGGAGCGGCUGCUUCCCCUGCCCGCCCGUUGCCUGUCGCUGUGCCGGUGAGCUCGACCCCAUCCUGGCCCCUCAGCUGGGUGGCCCCGUGACCCCCGGAAGGCGGGAUGAAGAGUCUGGAGCUGAGCCUUUGCCACCCACCGGCAGUCAGCAGCCGCUUGGUAAGGACGCGGCGCCGCUGCCCUCCGCUGAUCACGGCGGCACCGGCCUCAAGUUCGGGCUGCUGGCGCCGGAGCUGCACACUCGCCUCCUGGACCAGGACUACAAGAACCGUAUGCAAGCUGUGGAGGAGCUGAAGAGGGUGGUUGAAGAUGCUAGCCAGGCCGCGGUGACCUCCGUGCCUGCCCCCAGCAUCCUGGGGUUCAUCAGCCUUCUCUGCACUCUGCUUGGUGACUUCAACUUCAAGGUGGUGCUCAGAGCAUUGGAGGUGAUCUAUCUGCUGGCUCUGCGCCUGGACAAUCAGGUCAAGGCCUUCCUGACACCUCUGUUCUCUGCUGCUACUAAAGUCCUGGGGGACAGCAAGCUGGCCAUCCGGCAGGGUUACAGGCGCCUGCUCCGGUGGCUCAUGAAGGCAGUGGGUCCUCAGCAGGUGCUGGACUUGCUGCUGCAGCAGGAGUACCAGCAGAACAAAAAUUCCAAAGUCCGUGAGGAGGUGAUCAACAUGUGCAUUGUGGCCCUCCUCACUUACCCGAGUGAGGAGCUGGACCUGGCCAAGCUGGCGUUUAAGCUCGCUCCAGCACUGGUGGACAACAAGCACAGGGUCCGGCAUGCUGCCAUGGAAGCUUUUGCUGUGCUGGCGUCUGCCAUGGGCCCAGGCAAAACCACCCUUCUCUUCAAGGCAGUGGAUGCUAUGGAACUGAAGGACAACGGGGAUGGGUUGAUGCAUGCAGUGCAAGCUAGGCUGGCCAGGAAGAUUUUGCCAAAGCUUGCUGACCAAGGGUUUGUAGAGUAUGCUGUGCCCUUGCCAUCAUCUUGUCAUAACAGGGCGUCCUGUUUACCCCCAGGAGCAGAUACAGACUGGCUCUUGAUGUGUGACAGGACUCGGAGUGCACACAGCUACUGUGGGUAUGAGGCGAGGGUUGAUGCUCUGCAGCACUCCAGUUCUCACAGUGCAGAUGCCAAUCAAAUAGCAUGUUCAAGAAAAGUCUUGAAUGCAUAUAAAGGAGAAAACAAACUGCCUUGGGAAAACAAGCAUGCUGAAUACAAGGAAGUUGGUGCAGGAGUCAAGAUGCCUGUCACACAGGGUGUGGAGCAGUUCCCUACAUCCAGUGAUUUACCUCAUUUUCCAGAGUUAAGGCCCUGUCAAGGAGUACCAGUCAGUGAUGAGUUACAUUUUAGUAGAAAAAGAACUUCAGGGAAUUUCAUUCAGAAUAGCGUAGAUUUUAAGUCGGAGCAUUCUUCUGUCUGUGCUGGUCCUGUGGGCUCUCAUCAGCCACAAAUAUCAGGGAAAUGUGGAACACUUGGACACACGCAGACACGCGAGAAGAGUGGUAGCAUAGAAUCUGAACUACAAUUUUUAGGAUUAAGUAACAGUCAGCGAGACAAAGGUUGUACCAGCCUAAAUUUUUCCAACACGACCCAGAGAAGUUUUUACAAUCAAGCAGAGAAUACGACGCCCUUCCAAGGUCCUAAUGUUUAUUCUGGUGUGUGCUGUAAUCCUGCCCACCCCUACAAUGGACUGACAUCUGCUUGUGUCUCUCUUCCAGGGGAGAAUUUGCAGGAGAAACAUGCUCCUCUGCAGCUGAAACCCACCCUGGCGAGGCAACAAGUCCCCUGCAGAGGCCUAAAUGGGACAAAACCCAUCCCUCCCAUUCCCCGCCUGCUGCCAGAUAAGAUAAAGUUAAAUUUGACAAAGUGCAGAAAUGAAGAGUGCAAGAACAUGAGGCUGAAUAAAACAGACAGGAAGCUUGCAGCAGCUGAUCUUUCAGCCUUGAAUGUGGAUGGUGAGGAAGUGGACCAGGAAGAGAUGAAGAAUUCAUUAAGAUCUCUACGAAACAGUGCCGCUAAGAAAAGGGCAGUGUUAAGCAGCAACAUUUCAGGUCUUGAAAGUCCUAAUUCUGCUCUUAAACUUGAUCUGUCUGGGGGUUCCCCCUCCCAUGUGUCCUGCCCAAGUGUGGAUGUCUACAGCGAAAGCGGUGUUUACAGCCAGGACUCUGUAACUUCACCCAUGUCCACAGUCCCCCACAGAAGGAGAAGAAUGUCAGACAAUCUUCUACUACUUGGCAAAAAAUCACAGACUGCAAGAACAUUUUCUGCAAGAAACAGAGACCCUAAUGUGGAAGAACAUAACACCAGCACAGGUCUUGCGGAGCCAGCAUCUACUUUUCCACAGACAAACAAUCUAGAUUUCAUCUCACAAAGUGUCCCAUCUGAAGAUGCAGUUGUAAUUGCUGGUAAGGCAUCCUUGUCAUUAGAAGAUGUGGCCGUGAAUCCUUCAGUAAAAAUAACAUCCAACUUCAAGAAGACAAAACAUCCAGCCUUGCUACAAUGUGAUGAAGUUCCUCUUAGGGCACAAGGAAACUAUACAGGCAAGAGGCCAUCAGUCACAGGAGCAAUGGACAAAUCGGAACUGCGUCCCUUUUCAAAGCCGGAAACGGCACUGACAGAAGCCUUGACACUUCUAGCUAAUGAUGACUGGGAGAAGAAGAUUGAAGGUCUGAACUUCAUUAGACGUUUGUCUGCCUACCACACGACUACUCUGACUGCAAAGCUACAUGAAACAAGCAUGGCUGUGGCUCAAGAGGUCAAGAAUUUACGCUCAGGUGUUUCUCGAGCUGCUGUGAUCUGUUUAGGGGAUUUGUUCACCUACCUGAAAAAGAGCAUGGAUCAAGAACUAGAUUAUACAGUAAAAGUCCUUUUGCACAAAGCUGGUGAAUCCAACACAUUUUUAAGGGAAGAGGUAGACAAAGCACUGAAGGCUGUGGUUAAUAAUGUGACUCCAGCACGUGCACUUUCUUCUCUUAUAGAUGGAGGGCAAAGCCACCUGAAUUCAGCUGUGAGAAGAUGCACAGCUCAGCACCUGUCAGACACUGUAGAACGUAUGGGCCCGGACCGGAUUCUGUCUGGAACCAAAGGUGAUGCUGAUCGGCUUUUCCCUGCAAUAGUCAGGUUUACACAGGACAGUUCACAACAAACAAGGUAUUAUGGUCGAAAGAUGCUCUUCAGUAUGAUGACUCAUCCUGAUUUUGAUAAAACAAUUGAGAAGUAUGUGUUAACCAAGGAUUUGCCUUAUAUUAGGGAAGCUAUUACCAACCUACGUAAAAAGGGUUUGGAUGGGCUGCCAUCAGAUAAACUCUUAUCAAAAAGAAGACAUUCCCAUACUAGUAGCGUUGGACAUUUGAAAGAUAAUACCAAUGGCACUGACAGAGAGACUACAGAGGCCUAUGGAGUCAUAAGAAAAGCAGCUCCUCGUAAUUUAGUAGAAAAUGAAGAAUAUGUUAAAGACAUCAUAGGUUUAUUGAACGCAAAGGACUUCCGUGAUCGAAUACGUGGCAUUAAGCAGCUGUUAUUUGAUGCACAGAAUAAUCAAGGCUUUGUUGUUGCAAACAUCCUGAAGAUUUUUGAUGCUUUCAAGUGUCGCUUAAAUGACUUAAACGGCAAAGUAAAUCGGAUUGCUUUGGAGACGAUGCACCAGAUAAUUCCGUUGCUGAAAGACAAUCUAUCACCUGUGAUCAACAUGUUAAUUCCCGCUAUGGUCGACAACAACCUGAACUCCAGAAACCCGGGGAUUUAUGCAGCUGCCAAAAAUGGUAUUCAGGCUCUGUGUCAACACCUAGACAACUACUUGCUCCUUCAGCCAUUCUGCACAAAAGCCCAGUUUCUGACUGGAAAAGCCAAACAAGACAUAACAGAAAAGCUUGCUGAUAUUGUGAUGGAGUUAUAUCCUCGGAAGCCAAAGAGUGUGGAGCAGAAAGUUCUAGUUGUCCUUUGGCACCUCCUGGGAAACGUGACGAACAGUGGCUCUAUACCUGGAACCGGAGGGAACAUGCGGACAGCCACAGCAAAACUGUCAAAAGCACUUUUUGCACAUAUGGGACCAAGACUCUUAACUCGCGCUGCAGCUCAGUCACCACAUAUCAUGAAGACUUUAGAAGAACUUUUAAAGACAGAAAGCUAAAGUAACGAUCCCUAU